UCGGCUUGCCUGCAGAAGAAGAAAAAAAAUGUCGUGUGCACGAACAUCCGACAAAAACCGUUACCGAAGACCAAAACCGUCACAAAAUGUCGUCAUAAUAUAUGCCGUACCGAACUGUUUUGGAUGCGAAGCAUGCCGUUAUUAGACGGGAGAGUGACACACACAUAUAUUCUUGCCUGAACUGAGGGACCCGAAUUAGCUAUUGUGCUAAACCGAGUCGCUGCUAACUAGCUAGCUGGUUAUCGUGUGUUUUAGUCAGACAUUUAGCUAACGUUAGCUAAGGAUACAGAGUACCUAUCACCUGAAUACCCUUUCUCAGGUUGCAAGCACGUCCUAGCUAGUUAGCCAUGUUGACUUGUAGCGAACAUUAACUACACCGAUUUAAGUCAACGUUAGCUAGCUAAAAUGCAGUCACACAGGCUACAAGUUAUCUGCUAACGCGUUAGCUAGCUAAGGUUAUUUCGGUUCGGCUACGGUAGGCAGGGGUCUGUCCUGUUUGCCCUCCGUUUUGGGGUUUGCUUUCAUCUGUCAAACUGAGGAUUCACAAACCCGGUGGCGGUCGAAGGUGUGACAUCAUCGCCCGGUGCUCUUCAUCGAGGAGCCGGGAUCUGAUUGGUCCGUUUGGGUUGCGGCUGGCGGGCUGGCUCCUCCCCCUCCCGGCGGCAGCGUGCGUUCCCAGCUGCCUCCCUGCACCCCACGCUCGCCCGGCCUGCUCGCCCAUGCCCCCGCCACCCCCACCAGGCCCUCCAACGCCAUGUGCCUUCCCCACACCAUGGAAGCAGCAACGGGGAAGCACGGAGCGAGCCAGGCAGGGUUAGGCCUCGGGGGGCUGGGGCUGGGCCAGGGGGGACGGCGGUGUGGAGGGGUACCACUAGAGCCCUUCGUACACCAGGUGGGAGGGCACACCAGUAUGAUGCGUUACGACGACCACACGGUGUGUAAACCCCUCAUCAGCCGGGAGCAACGCUUCUACGAGUCGCUGCCUCCUGAGAUGAAGGAGUUUACACCGGAGUACAAAGGCAUGGUUUUGGUGUGUUUUGAGGGGGAUAUUGACGGUUACAUCAACCUGGUGGCGUACCCGUACGUGGAGAGCGAGAUCCUGGACCACGAGGACCUACCGGAGAGGGAGCAACCACGGAGGAAACACUCCCGACGCAGCCUCCACCGCUCCACCUCCGAGAUCAAAGAGGAGAGGCUACCGCACGAGAGUGACAGCACUGAGAAGAGCUACACACAGAAGGCAGAGACAUGUACGACAGGCCUACUGAGACGUCGUGUAGGACAGGUCCUACUGAGACGCCGUGUAGGACAGGUCCCACAUGAGACGCCGUGUAGGACAGGCCCUACCGAGACGCCGUGUAGGACAGGCCCUACCGAGACGCCGUGUAGGACAGGCCCUACCGAGACGCCGUGUAGGACAGUGGUCUCUCCUGUGUUAACCCUGUUUGUCCUGUGUGUUUUAUUGUCCACAAUCCGUCUCCAGGAGCUGAAAAGUCCUCGUCUAGAGCUCCAGAUCUACAGUGAUAUUCCCUUCCAGAUGCUGGAUAAUAACAGCGGCCUGGGCUCAGAGAAGAUCAGCCACAACCCCUGGAGUCUCCGCUGUCACAGGCAGCAGCUCAGCCGCAUGAGAUCAGAGUCCAAGGACAGGAAGCUCUACAAGUUUUUGCUCCUUGAGAACGUUGUUCACCACUUCAGCUACCCGUGUAUCCUGGACCUGAAGAUGGGCACGCGGCAGCACGGGGACGACGCCUCGGAGGAGAAAGCAGCCAGGCAGAUGCAGAAGUGUGAGCAGAGUACCUCCGCCACCCUGGGGGUACGUGUCUGUGGGAUGCAGGUGAGCCCAGAGGGUUUUUCUAUGGUGGGUUUUUUCCUUCAAAACUUUAUUUCACAUGAAAGUUUUUUUUUUUUUUUUGCAACGGGAUAUCUAACCAAGACAACAGACAACAUACCAGCAUAUACUACCAUGAAUGCAUGCCCAAUACACUGCCUCCUUCUACAUUGUAUUUUCCCUUCGGUAUCGGUUUAUUUAACCUUUAUUUAACCAGGUAAGCUAGUUGAGAACAAGUUCUCAU